UCUGCAACUCAGAGAAGCCACAGAGCACAAGCUAUCACUGGGAGAAGUCUCUGCAUCCUGAGCAGAGAACCAGGAGCAGGAACCAUGAAGAUCAUUCCAGUUUUACUGUUCCUGGCCCCCCUGGCUCUCCCAGCUGGAGCUGACAAGGAUUUUUUCUCUGUUGGUUCCGCCGGAUCUCCCGAAACGAAAUCGAAAUUUGCGAUGUUGGACGAUGUCCGAAUCCUGGCCAAUGGACUCCUCCAGCUGGGCCACGGCCUCAAAGAUUUUGUCCACAAGACCAAGGGCCAGAUGAACGACAUCUUUCAGAAACUCUACAUUUUUGACAGGUCCUUUUACGAGCUCUCCCUGCAAACCAGCGAAAUCAAGGAGGAAGAAGAACAGCUCCGGCAAACCACGGCCAGGCUGCAAAUCAACAAUGAGGAGAUAAAGAACCUCUCACAGGAGAUGAACCUGAAGAUUGAAGACCUCAUCCAAAACAAAAUCCAGCUGCAGGAGCAAGUGUGGGGACUGGAGGACAAGGUCACCAAACUGGCCAUUAUCCAGCCUUUGGUGCAAGAGACAAAAGAAAUUUCUUCACUCAAAGCUUUCAUGGAGCAGCAGGACAACGACAUCAAGCAGCUCCUCAAAACCGUGGAGGACCAGCACGUGCAGCUGGACAGGCAGCACAACCAGAUCAUGGAGCUGGAGGACAAGCUAAACUACAUCGAGCUCCAGGAACUGGAGAAUUCCUUCAUGGAGGAGCACCAGGAACCAGAGCCCAUCCCCUCUGUUGUGCACAAGCCCACGGCUGGGACAUACAGAGCUGAUGGUGCUGCUGGUGACUGCACUGCUCUCUACCACACCGGGGUGCAGGCCAGUGGGGUCUACACUAUUCAGCCCAAUGGAUCAGAAGCUUUCAAUGUCUACUGUGAAAUGAAAUUUGGCACAUCCUGGACUGUAAUCCAGAAGAGAGUGGAUGGAUCAUUGGAUUUCAACCAAACUUGGGAUGCCUACACAAAUGGUUUUGGUGACCUCAAUGAGGAAUUCUGGCUGGGCCUGAAGAAGAUCUACUCCAUCACCAAGCAGGGCAACUACCUGCUGCGGAUCGAGCUGCAGGACUGGCGGGGGAACAGGAGGCACAUCGAGUACAGCUUCAGCCUGGGGGGCCCCAGCACCAACUUCACCCUGCAGCUGUCCAGGAUGUCUGGGAGCAUUCCCAACGCGCUCCCGGAGCACGCGGAGCUGCGCUUCUCCACCGCAGACCGGGCUGGGGACACGGCCAGCGACUCCAACUGCCCCGAGAAGCACCUAGGAGGCUGGUGGCACAGCGAGUGUGAGGAAACCAACCUGAACGGGAAAUACGUCAUGCCAAGGUCCAGGGGAAGGCUGGACAGAGGAAAAGGCUUAUACUGGAAGCCUAAGAAAGGAAGAUACUACCUGCUCAAGUCAACCAAAAUAAUGAUCCACCCAACAGACUUAAAAAUCUUUGACUGAGUGCUCAACCUGCUGCAUUUUAACUCAGAACAAACACACUGAACUUUACUGCACCGAAGGACUUGAUGCUACGUUUACCAACAGAUGCCAUGUCCCUGCCCCCAUCCAUCCCUGCAUGGAAUUUCUCCAAAACAUAAACCUGAGGCAUCUGAGACGGUCUUACAAAACAGUUGGUGAGUAUUGUCAUUCCCUCUAGCCCCAAUGUCAACGUGCUGCAACUUUUCGUGGAGCUUUUCCCUCCCCAGGAUGAAAUUGUAAUGCCUAGGAGCCAACCUGUCACAUAUUGGAUAAUACUGUUUGGGGGAAUGGGUUUUCAGGCUGUGCAUUCCUUUCUGGGCUGUGUAGUAAGGAAAACAAAAAGUGUUUUCUAGGAACAAAGGGCUGGCAAAACCCUACGGAAAACAUUUAGAGGGAAAAAAAAAAAAAGUAAUUUUGUUUCUUGAAGUAACUAAUUGAAUGUUUGGUUCAUGUUUUUGUUGUGGAAUGUUUUG